AUGACGUUUUCCGGUGGCGGUGCUGCGGCCACCCAUGUGGCCGGCACGCGGCAGCCCAAGGCGAUGUCGUCGGGCACUGUUGGCAGCUCCGAGAUCAAGGCCGAGGCCGUAUCGGCCGUGCAGCUCCGUGUUGGAGAUCUUUAUUGGAAGCAAGAUGGCCCGUACGGCUGGACACUAGGCCAAGUCACAGCCUUCGAUCACAAUCAGCAAGAGGCGACGUUCGUACUCAUCGACGAAGCCACAGGCGAGCACUUACGCCGCAAUGAUGACGACGAGUUGCCGGCCGACGUACCACUCGAGCAACAAGUUAAUCUGCGACAAACGCCACUUUUUGCCGCCAAUCCAUUGUUCAGCACGGCUGCUGACAUGACGUCACUUCGACACUUACACGAAGCUGCCCUGGCCAAGAACCUGGAAGACCGCGCAGCUCUAGAAAACCAACGUCCAUACACAUUCAUGGCCAACGUGUUGAUCGCUGUGAACCCUUUACGGCAGUUGCCAGACCCUGACAAGAUGCUGUUCGUGGGUCAACCUCUGGACCGCUGUCCGCCUCACCCAUACAACGUAGCAGAGAACGCCUAUCGGCAACUAUGUGCCGUGCGAGCUGUGAUGCAAAACCAGAGCAUCAUUAUCAGCGGAGAAAGUGGCUCUGGCAAAACCGAGACGUCCAAGAUCAUCCUGGACUUCCUCACCAUGCGUGCGGUGCACAACCCCGCUCUUUCCACUGCGUCAUGUACUUCAGCUUCGGACGACGAGCUGGAGCCUGAAUUCACAGCCCACAACCGACCCGUUCUGGGUUGCAUGGGUCCCCCCGGCUCUUCCACAUUGGCCAUGUCGUAUCCACAGUCCAGUGGCAAGAGCAAAUUGUCUCCUGUUGCAGUGGGGGAACGUCUGAUGGAAACAAUUCCAAUCCUCGAGUCGUUUGGCAAUGCCAAAACCCAUCGCAACCACAAUUCCAGUCGAUUCGGCAAGUAUAUGCGCCUACAAUUUGCUAACGAGACGCACGAACUUACCGGUGCCAGUAUUGACACGUAUCUCCUGGAAAAGAGUCGAUUGGUGUUCCAGCCACAAGGUGAACGCAAUUUCCACGUCUUUUACGAGCUGUUGCACUCGGACGACACCGAAUAUCUCGAGAAAAGUUUCCACCUCAAGCCCAAAACCCCGGAAGCUUACUCGUAUUUAAACCAAUCCGGCUGUAUGCGCUCGGAUCUCAUCGACGACGCCGAGAACUUCCGCAACUUGAAGAGCGCGUUGCAAUUUAUUGGCAUUCGUGACAGCGCGCAACAUGAAAUUUUCCGUCUAGUGGCGGGGCUGUUGCAUAUGGGCAAUAUUCGCAUCAGCCAGGAGGAUACAGAGGAAGGCGAGACAGCCUGUAUCCGUCAAGACGACGUGGCGUCGCAAGAGGCUGUGCGUCACGCCUCCGAGCUGCUUGGCGUCUCGGUCGAACAGCUUACAGAGAGCAUUUUACUCAAGCGCAUCAUGACCCGAGGCUCGCGACGCAACUCGAUCUACUUUAUCAAACGAGACGUGCGCAACGCCGUGUACUCCCGCGACACGAUUGCCAAAACCAUCUACGAAAACACCUUCACGUGGCUCAUGUGGGAGUGCGCUGCUGCGUUGGACUACGACUCGUUCCGCAGCGACGUGGUGCCGUACAUUGGCGUGCUGGAUAUCUUUGGCUUUGAAGACUUUGAGCCGAAAAACCGCAACUCGUUCGAGCAGCUGCUGAUCAAUUACGCCAACGAGACUCUGCAGAGUCUGUUCAACUCGUGCAUCUUUGAGGCGGAACAGGAACUGUACAAGAGCGAGCACAUCUACCACCCGACGAACCACUCGCUGUCGUUCCCGUUCCCUCUUCCUGGCCAGGGAGUUCAGGUGCAGGAUCCGGACAAUGAAAUCGACUUUUUAGCUGAACAAGUGGCCCCCAGUGGAGACCUCGUGGCCUAUUCGGACAACCGAGAGUGCCUGAACUUGAUCGCCAGUCGGCAUGGCGGUCUCUUUGCUACUAUUGACAACGUGUCGCGCUUGCCGAUGCCCUCGGACAGGAAGCUGAACGAGCGUCUGCAUACGUUAUUCAAGCGUCAUCCGUGCUUCCCGACGCCUCAUCCCAAGGAUAUCCGGGACACGUUCCUGAUCCGCCACUACGCCGGCACGGUCUCGUACACCAUCAACUCGUUCGUGGACAAGAACAACAAUAUCAUCUCGGAUCAGUUCGAGGAGCUGCUCAAGAACUCGUCGUCACGUGUGCUGCAAGACCUGACUGGCAAUACUCGCCAUGGCAACCGUGCGCGCUCGGCGUCUACAGUGUCGUUGAAAUCCGCCGGCCUGUCGCCUCUGGGUGGCGGCUCGGCGUCCUCGAAGCGUCUCAAAGGAGGCAGUACGUCCAACUUGUUCUCCACGCAGAUGAAGGGACUGACCACGGAACUGGAAGGCACCAGCUGCAACUUUGUGCGUUGUAUCAAGCCGAAUACGCAGAUGAAGGUGGGGCAUUUCGACCGUCCGUUCGUCGUGGAGCAGCUGCGAUGCUCCGGAACAGUACAAGCCUGUGAAGUGCUGCGUGUCGGUCUGCCUACGCGUAUUCUGUACGCUGAGGUGGUGGACGUGUACCGCAACUUGUUGCCGCUUAAAGUUUUCUGUCGCUUCGAGUCGAACGACAAGCUCUUCACACAGGCGAUUCUAUGGGCCUACGACUUUCCUACCAACGCGUACCGGUUAGGAGACACGCGCUUGUUCUUCCGAACGGGCAAGAUCGAUCUGCUGGACAAACUGCUGACUCCAGCAGCGUCCACGACGGAGAAUCUGGGCAGACAACUGCUGCUCUAUCUGCGCAAGAAACACUGGAUCAGUGUAGCCACUGCGAUCAUCACGUUCAACGCGUUCAAGCGUAUUUUCCAGGAGGUUCGGUACCGACGUCGCGCCACGGUGAUCCAGUGUAUGGUACGUCAGCAUUUGGCUCGGAAACGUGUGCGCAAGAUCCGUGUGCAGCUUUGGAUGCACAAGCUCUGGACGCGGAUGGCUCACCAGGCGCAGACUAUGCACGCGUACCAGGACCGUCCGGAAGAUAAGAUGGUGUUACUGGACAAGCUCCUUGCCAAGAAGUAUCUACCUGUUCAACAACGUUGGCUGCUCAAGUGGCUGGGACCUCUGCAACGUGUUAUUUACUUGCAGAGGCGCUGGAAGAAGAUCACCGCGCAAUAUAUGGCCAAGCGUGGCUUCUUGUGGCUGUUCGAGACGGUGCGUCGCAAGCGGAGUGCUCUACGCGUGCAGUCGCAUGUCCGUGCGAUGAUCGCGAGGAUGCGCUUCCUGAAGCUCAAGAAGAAGGUGCUGGCGCGUCAUCGCUGGCGUGCGGCGUAUCUAAAAGUCAAGGUCUUUGGCCUCUUUAGUCGACAGCUACGUCUCAUCCAUGUGGGUCGUCUAGAGAAGGACAACACGACGUUGAUGAACAGCAUGGCGGCGGUGACGGAAAAGCUGGGGGAGGCUCAAGAAGAGGCCAAGACGGCCAAGCUGCAACUGAAACAGCUGCAAGUAUCGCUCGAUGAAGUCAAGUGUGAAUCCAAGCAACAACAACAACGCGUGGAGGAGCUGGAGCUGGCGCUUCAAGCCAGAAGAUUCGAGGUCGCAGAGCUGCGACGACAGACGCAAGGAGCAAGUCUCGUGGAGCGCAUCAUCCGCUUCUUCACGUGCAGUGCUGCGAUCUCGCCGCCGUCUUCGCCUCGUGGCAUGGUUACACCGUCUCGUUUGCCCUCGUUGAGACGACAGACACAGUCGGCCGCCGAGGACACGUCGGACAAAGGCGAACGGGUCGUGUGGGCCACGCCGUUGAGUGAAGCGGUCAUGAUCUUGCAGGAUGAAGACGCCAAGCGACGUAUCAGCGUCACUGCCGCGAGUGACGAGCCUGCGUUCGACGCGGAAGAAGAAGAAUUCCGCUCCAAGGACGCAGAUAUGCUGUGGUCUGUGUCGCGGUAUAUGUUCUAAGAGUGUUGAUCGACUUUGAGAGUUCACCGGCGCCACUUCAAGAGCGCGUCGACUUAUAUUAUUCGCGUAGCGCACGCGCAAGUCGCUGUAUUGAGCAGCAAGGACUUAUGUAAACUAAGGUCUGU